AUGACAAAGCCGCCUGUGUGGUACAAACUCGUUGGCUUGGGCUACGGGAGCAACGCGUGCAUCGCGGCUUUCGUACUGCAAGUAGUGGCGGCGUUCAGCUUUGCCGUGGGCGCCUGGAUACAUGACCCCGAGGUGCCUCCAAACAAGCGCAGUGUGCUCUCCAACCAGACCGGCGUCACGCUAGUCGUGUCGACCUUCUUCAUGUGGCUCUUCACGACAAUCUUGGUUCCGUCGACCAUCCUCUACAUGCUGAGUGGCGUUAUAGCUGCCAAAUACCUCUGCAUGCCGUACCAGUACGGCGGCCCUGAGGGUCUCCAGCUGCUAGACAACGUAACAGCAGCGCUGUACGUUAAAGGCAAGUGGGAUCCCAUCGAGAACCGAGAUUACGAACUGUACAACACAACCUACAAGCCGGGACAAGUGAUAAGCAAGUGCAACGGUACGACACCACUAGUGCAUUUGUCAACGCAUCCUGACAUCACCGUCGCGUCAAUGAUGUUCACUACACACGGGUACCCCAUGUACCUGAAAUCCCUGGAAGAAAACAAGGCCUUGACGUUUUCCAGUAGCUUCGGUCUACCCAGCGGCCUCGCUGUCAAGCUCAGUGAUGCAAAGAACGCGUUGGACAACUUGAGCUCCCGAAAAGCGUCGUCAGCUGUAAGUGGACUCACAAUUCUAUCUAAACACUUAGUAUUCCAGUCGAAACUUACCAACAGUAAAUUGGGGACAGACAUCGAAGAAGGCCCCUAG